AUUAGUGUCGUAAACAUCUUCGGUGCAUAUCUAGAGCUUUGAUUUCUGCUUGUUGAGUCACGAAUCACGAUUUUUGUGUUUCAAACUUUUGUUUUUACACAAAAAUGCAUCAUUUGAGUGUAUUUUUAUCAGAAUUUUGAUAGAAUGUCUCAAAGAAAGAAAUUCACAUGUAAGUUGAAGACGAUCGAUUAACGAGUAUAACAUUACAUCAGUGUAUAACAUCAAAUAAAACGUAACCUUACAUGAGAAUGUCUCAAUAUAUUUUUUGAGAAGUGUAUUAUCGCGACUUUAAAAAAAAAUGAAUUGCACUGAGGAGGACUGGUCUAUAGAGUGCUCCGAUGAUGAAAAGUAUGAAGUGGAUGAAAAGCAUAAAUGGAAUAUAAAGGCCGAGGACAUAGUUUCGCUGAUUGAAGGCUUGGAAACAAACAGUUGCGUUCUGGAACUUGAAUGGAAGUGCCCUGGAAGACGAGGGCCUUCUCCCAUCCCUUCAAAUAAUUUGCAACAAGAGCUCGAAUCUACGGAAUAUAAAACCGAGGAGAAGUCUGAUGACUUUGAUUUCAUGGAUGAGAUGUCAUCGCCGAGAUUACCCGUUCGGAGAAUCGGUGAGAGUACUCCGAAAGGUAGUGCCAAGAAAAAGAUUGCCAGUUUUAAUGGAGUAAUAUCUACAAUGCUAAGACAUCGUAGAUUGGAGCAACAAGAAAUAAAUUCAAGUCCAAAGAAGAGUGAAUCUCCUAUGUUAAAGCCACAUCCUUCUACUUAAAGAUACGUUUGUUUUCAUUUGUUUUGCAAUAAUUUAUAUAUGUAGAAUAGAAAAUUGGAGAUAAAAUUAUUGUAUAAAUAUAAAGACACUGACUUCGUUUACAUAGCGGUUUAUGGUCUGGUUAUUAAUAAUUUUUUUAUAAUUACGGUAUACUACCUGAUCAAGAUUUUUUUUAUUAUGACGAUCACUUAAACACGAACGUUUUAUUUGAUAAUUAAACUAUAAUUUCUAGAUAUGUAUAUUGGGUAGUAUACGACAUUAAAUCAGAUUAUAAGCCGCCGCAUGUAAACGUGAUCAUAUGAACAGAAAGAGCGAUAUAGGGUAUUGCACAAAAGAAAUAUUUUAAGGGGGUUUAGUAUGUCUUAGAAUAAAUUAAAAAAAUUAAAUAAACACGAGUCUGCAAAUGAGUCUAUUUUUAGAGACUUAUUUUUCAAAUUUUUUAUUUUUGUUUUAAAACCAACUUGUAACGAUUACCGAAGACUCAUUGCUCCAGGAAGAAAUAUUCACACCAAUGAGGUAAAUUAAAUUGUCACAUUGCAAAUAUUUAAAAAAUGGCUUAUUUGCAGACCCAUGUUUAUGAAAAGUUUUAUGAAACAUUAAAUUUCCUUAAAAUUUUUUAAUCUUUUUUAACACCCCGUAUAU